AUGGCUCAUCAUAGUUCAAGGGAUCCUGCAUGGGCUCAUGCCCGUGCAGGUACUUCCUUUGCUUUUGUGGCCUCUGCCCCUACAAGAUCAGAUGAUCCCGCAUGGGCUCAUGCCCGUGCAAUGCCUAACGCAAAAAAUAACAAUACAUGUUUGCAUUGUAAUAAGUUGAUUAAAGGGGGUGGUAUUACUAGACUUAAGUAUCAUCUUGUUGGGAUUAGGGGUCAAGUUGAACCAUGUAAAAAGGUUUCAUCUGAUAUUAGGUUUCAAAUGAAACAAAUGAUUGAAGACUUGAAAAAAUAUAAACAAACUAAAAAGAGGAUUCAAUUAGAAAUGGGGAACCCAUAUGAUGUUGAUGAGGAGGAGGAGGAGGAUGAGUCACCCUAUUAUCAACCUAUGAUAGAUUCCAUUGCUGCUGUUGGGCCAGGAUUUAAGGGGCCUUCUUUUUAUGAGUUGAGGGGACCUCUUUUGAAAAAUGCUAUCCAUGAAGUUAAUGAUUUUUUGUUAGAUAUAAAAAAUGAUUGGAAAGUAUAUGGCUGUUUAGUGAUGUCUGAUGGGUGGACAAAUCAAAAGCAACAACCAAUAAUGAAUUUUUUGGUGUAUUGUCCAAGGGGAGCCAUGUUCUUGAAAUCUAUUGACACUUCAGGCCUUACAAAGGAUGCUGAAACUUUGUUGAAUAUAUUUGAUUCUGUUGUUCAAGAAAUUGCUCAUUGCAUAGACUUGAUGUUGGAGAAUAUUGCUAAUCCUAGAUGGUGCACUCUUGUUGAUGAAGCAAUUAAGAAGAUUGCCCUUGGGAAGGAGAUAAGUAAAAUUGUUUUGGAAGAUUAUUCGUUUUGGUCUCAAUGCAAGCACAUAGUGAAAGUUAGUGAGCCUUUAGUUAGAGUACUUCGUCUUGUUGAUGGGGAUGAGAAACCUGCUAUGGGGUACUUGUAUGAAGCAAUGGACAAAGAAAAAGAGGAAAUAAAAAGAAGGUUGAAGAACAAAGUUUCUUUGUAUGGACAUUAUAUUAGAGUUAUUGAUGCUAGAUGGGACAAACAACUUCAUAGUCCCCUGCAUGCAGCAGGUUGCUUUCUUAGCCUUGCAAUAUACUUUAGGCCUUCAUUUAAAAGGCAAAAUGAAGCUCAAAGAGGGUUGCUAAGCACUCUAAUGAGGUUGGUUCCCGAUCCUGACAUUCAAGACAAAAUAAGUUCACAACUUGAUGAGUACAAAAAAUCAAUUGGUGACUUUGGCACAUCACUAGCAAUUCGCCAACGAGAGAGACUAAAUCCAGUUUCAUGGAACAUUCAAAGGAAUAAGUAUGCAUUGGAUCCUAUAAGCUUGGAUAACAUUGACUUGAUGGGAGAUUGGGUGGCUGAAGAACCUGCACUUCUUAAUCCAGAUGACAUAAAUUGGGAUUGUCUUAAUGAACCAGCACCCCUAGUGAAUGUGGAAGAGGAUGUUGAACUUGAAACUAUUGAUGUUGAUGACGAUGAUGAUGAUGACAACAACAGUGAACAUGUCUUGACAAAUCUUCCAAUGGGUGCUAGUAGUUCUCGUGGGAGUUCUUUUGAUGUUGAAUUUGAUCCUUUUCUCAUGGAUGAUGAUGAGGAGGAGGAGUAA